GCACCACUUUCCUCUGACGUCCGCCUCCGGAGCUCUGACGAUCGCCCCCGCUGGCCGCCCUUAUAAAGGGGACUUUUCCCAAUACUCGAUCGAUUGCCACCUCGCCCCGCGCGCCCUCCGCCGGCGCCCACACCUGUCAACUCUGAGCUUUCCCAGGUUCUUGGAGACGCCGUGUGGGGAGCCGCCCUGAACGACCGGACCCCCUCCGCACUGCACCCCUAACCCACCCCGCACCCUCCCUUUCUGCACCCUCGCCCCCACACCCCUCACGGUUCCAGGGGGCGGCGGCCCCGGGUGGAGCGCUUUCCCUUGCAGCUACCACUCCAGAAGUCUUAAUGAAGUAGCCAGCUGCAGAAGAAUCAGGAUCAUUAGAUAAAAAUGGCUUUCCAUGUGGAAGGACUGAUAGCUAUCAUCGUGUUCUACCUUCUAAUAUUGCUAGUCGGAAUAUGGGCUGCCUGGAGGACCAAAAACAGUGGCAGCGCAGAAGAGCGCAGCGAAGCCAUCAUAGUUGGAGGCCGAGAUAUUGGUUUGUUGGUUGGUGGAUUUACCAUGACAGCUACCUGGGUCGGAGGAGGGUAUAUCAAUGGCACAGCUGAAGCAGUUUAUGUACCGGAUUAUGGCCUAGCUUGGGCUCAGGCACCAAUUGGAUAUUCUCUUAGUCUGAUUUUAGGUGGUCUGUUCUUUGCAAAACCUAUGCGUUCAAAGGGGUAUGUGACCAUGUUAGACCCAUUUCAGCAAAUCUAUGGAAAACGCAUGGGCGGACUCCUGUUUAUUCCUGCCCUGAUGGGAGAAAUGUUCUGGGCUGCAGCAAUUUUCUCUGCAUUGGAGGAACUACUGAGCUGUGCAGUGUGUGAGGUGCAUAAAUCUUGCAUAUGUCAGACAGUUGAAAACCACGGCCUAGGUGUGCAGUGUCACUUUCUGUUGCAGUGGAUCAGCGUCCCCUUUGCACUGUCACAUCCUGCAGUCGCAGACAUUGGGUUUACUGCUGUGCAUGCCAAAUACCAGAAGCCGUGGCUGGGAACUGUUGACUCAUCUGAAGUAUACACUUGGCUUGAUAGUUUUCUGUUGUUGAUGCUGGGUGGAAUCCCAUGGCAAGCAUACUUCCAGAGGGUCCUCUCUUCAUCCUCAGCCACCUAUGCUCAAGUGCUGUCCUUCCUGGCAGCUUUCGGGUGCCUGGUGAUGGCUCUCCCAGCCAUACUCAUUGGAGCCAUUGGAGCAUCAACAGACUGGAACCAGACUGCAUAUGGGCCUCCAGAUCCCAAGACUAACGAAGAGGCAGACAUGAUUUUACCAAUUGUUCUGCAGUAUCUCUGCCCUGUGUAUAUUUCUUUCUUUGGUCUUGGGGCAGUGUCUGCUGCUGUUAUGUCAUCAGCAGAUUCUUCCAUCUUGUCAGCAAGUUCAAUGUUUGCACGGAACAUCUACCAGCUUUCCUUCAGGCAAAAUGCUUCAGACAAGGAAAUCGUUUGGGUCAUGCGAAUCACAGUGUUUGUGUUUGGAGCAUCUGCAACAGCCAUGGCUUUGUUGACAAAGACUGUGUAUGGGCUCUGGUACCUCAGUUCCGACCUUGUUUACAUCAUCAUCUUCCCCCAGCUGCUCUGUGUACUCUUUGUUAAGGGAACCAACACCUAUGGGGCCGUGGCAGGUUAUGUUUCUGGCCUCUUCCUGAGAAUAACUGGAGGGGAGCCAUACCUGUAUCUUCAGCCCUUGAUCUUUUACCCUGGCUAUUACCUGGAUAAUAAUGGUAUAUAUAAUCAGAAAUUUCCAUUUAAAACACUUUCCAUGGUUACUUCAUUCCUAGCCAACAUUUGCAUCUCUUAUCUAGCCAAAUACCUAUUUGAAAGUGGAACCUUCCCACCUAAAUUAGAUGUAUUUGAUGCUGUUGUUGCAAGACAUAGUGAAGAAAACAUGGAUAAGACAAUUCUUGUCAAAAAUGAAAAUAUUAAAUUAGAUGAACUUGCACCUGUGAAGCCGCGGCAGAGCAUGACUCUCAGCUCAACUUUCACCAAUAAAGAAGCCUUCCUUGAUGUCGAUUCCAGUCCAGAAGGUUCUGGGACUGAAGAUAAUUUACAAUGACCUCAUCUAAAUAAAAUACUGCUUUUGCAAACAAAGCACUAUAAUAGGGUAGUCCUGGAGAGAUGAUUUGCAUAAUACAAAAAUAACCUAACAAAUAAUGUUCAGGAGGAUAAAAAUUCAUAUUAAGUGCAAUUGCACAAAUACAAGCCAAGCUAGCAGGAAGCACCUAUGAAAGCAACAACUUUCUUUCUCAUCCAUAAUAGAGUUGAUUUUGAUGCUAGACAGUUUUGCUAGGUAUAAAAAAUAAACAAAGCCCCACUUAGAGAAAAGACAGCCAAGCAGAGUAUUUAUAUUUAUUACAAAAAAGGAAAGUAGAUAUGAAAGAGCCUAAGGAAAAGGAAAUUGGAUAGUUUUGACACAAACUUUGCGUUAACACACUGAUGAGUCCAGUUUAAUUAUAGCAUUGAAGCUAUGAGAAUAACUUCAGUCACCCCCUUGAAUGGUGCAAUGAAUUAACCAGCUGAUUUUUCUUAGUGUGAUGAUUAAUCCUUUCUUUCAUGUUCUGAGCUAUAACAUUUGCUGAAUAUGCAGUUUGUUAUUCUUUUAGUAAUGGCAUGUAAUAUUCUGAGCACUGGCAAAGCAAACACAAAAAAUAUUGUAUACUGGCAUUUAUUUAUGUGCAAGAUGAUAGGAAGAUAGAAUCCACCUUUGUAGAGGAGCACUGGGCUGAUUUGUAUGUUUCCAUAGCUACUAUAUGCAUAAACAAGAGUACCUGAAGGAUUAUUAGCCGAUGUUAAAGCAAUAAGUUCAUUAAGCAGAAAGUAAUAGGAAGAACAGUAUAUUUUUAUCUUCAUCUGAAGCAUAUAAAGUUUUGUCCCAUGAUAAAAUAAGUAAUAUGUAAACUAGUAUGUAAGUUAAUAUUGAAAGUGAAAUUGAGCCUUAUGUAAGGAGAGGUAGCUGCACAGCAUCAGUUAUGGUUAAUAAGAGGCACACUGCUAAAUUAACAUACAUUUUAUUGAAUACUUAUUAUGGGAAGCCCCCACAACACUUUCUGAUAGUGGUGAAAUGAGAAAAAACAAACUCUACUAAUUUUUACAUAUUCAUUGAUAGGAAGGAUUCAGUGUUAAGGGAUCUACUCUUUGGCAUUUUUUCAUAUUAGCCAGUCUUAGAGACUAGACAAAAAAUUACUACAAAAAGUACAUAGUCAAUUUAAAAUGCAGAAGAAAGCAGAAAAUAAAAUAAGUCUUAAAGGAAACAAGCCAUUAAAUAUUUGAUGUCUAUAUAAAGUUCAUGAGAUUGAUCAUUAAAUAAUGUUUGCUCCUUUUCUGGUGUUACACACACACACACACACACACACACACACACACACUCAUACACACACAUGAGUGUGUGGGUGUAAUGGUUUGUGUCCAUUUCAAGUGUUUUCACACCAGUCACACAUUAUAGAAAUAAUUAGAGCCAUGUCUAAAACAGCAGAGUGAAGCGAUGAACUGAAAACUGAUCAGGCAAUCUGAUCCAAGAAAGUCAGUCUGAAUUAUUGAAACUAAAGAACUUUUUUCAAAAAUAUUUCUUUUUUGCAAAUCAUGAACAAAAUAAACUAAGUGUUCAGCAUUAAGAAUAAAAGUUGUAUCUUGACCCUAGAAUUUCUUUUAUAAGAUUUAAUUGUAAUUGUUUCAAAGCAUCAAGUAGUACAUCUUUAUCAUUAAACAUGAAUUUAAUGUCUAAGAUCAUUUUUAAAAUAUUUUAAAAUCAUUUUAAAAUUAAAUAAUUUUACAUGUUGUCUCAUAUUUUCAGUGCUUUUUCAAAAUUUAAUGGCAAAUAUUACACUGCAUUCAAAAUAUUCACUGAAUACCAUAUAUAUCUAAAUGAAAAGAGAAUUACUUUUACUCAUCUAUUUUCUCAAAAUAUAUUCAGUACACUAUGGAGUACAUGGAAGGAGCGUAUUUUUGGAACCAGUAAGUAUGGGAGUGCAUGAUUCUCAGAUAUUAAUUGAGAAAAGAGAAAUGGGCAGGAAAUUCAUUAAAGAAAAACUGCAGAGAUUAAAACAUUUAACACCUAAAAGUAAUUAAUAGCUGGAGGGAGACCACGAUUCCCAGCAAACAUAUUCCAGAUGCACCAUGCUCCUCAGCAUGCUACCUGAACACGGACUUUUAUCCAUCCUGUCACCCUGAGCAUCUGUCUUAACCUGCUAAGGCACAGGCUUCCACCAUGUGCAUCAGGAAACACCUCACUCAUAAUGUCAUAGAAUGCAACAGGGAAGCAUAGUCUCUCUACAGGUAUCUUUACAUUGUACCAUUCUGUUGGGCAACAAUUGUCCCAUCAGCCACAUUUAAGUCCAGUGGGGGAAAAAAAGAUUAACAGUAAAAAUGUUUUCCAUUUAAUUCAAUUUCUAACAAUAGACAGAUACGGGGGCAAAUGUUUGCCCUGUUCAAAAUAUUGAAACUAGAUAAUUUCAAUAAUAUCAGCCUAUGAAUAAUAUUAUAUUGUUUUGAACCCAUUAUUCCUCAUCUACUUUCGAAGUAGAUAUAUAAAAACUAGUUUUUUAUUAAUCCCCUAAUGUGCUAAAUAUUAGCAAGAUGAUUUUUAAGUACAAAAAAAUUUAAAGAACACAAGAAAGGAAACAACAAUCACAAGAUCUUCACUUAUCAUAUUUGUGCAUAAAUUUCCCCCCAAUUUCCAAGACAGUUAUAUCACAAGGCUGUGAAAUAAUGUGGAAGAGUAAACUUUGUACCCAUCAUUUGCUCUGUUUUGACAUAAUGAGUAAUGCAGACAUUUAUGUAUUCUUCCAGCUUCAGUCAAUAGACUUGAUUUUCAAAAUCUGCCCUCAAAUGAAACUAAAAUAAACAAAACAUUUAGACACUGGCUAUAUUAACCUUAGAAGGCAAUAUAUGUGGAUAAAACAUAGAAUAAAACAUACAUUUUAUUUUCAUACUUUUGAUAUGAUUGUUACAUAUUUCUUGGGUAAUUUAAAUACUUCUGUUUCCCACACAUAUUCAAAACAGCAAGCUUGUAGCUGGACUGCAACAUCAACAACAAGUUGUUUCACGCAGUAUCAAAGUACAAAUUCAUUGCUACACUUACAAGUAAUGAAUUUUAUGUGAAUAUGAAAUGAAUAUAUGCUUGAAAUAAGUGAAUCUAAUAUAAUGGCUAUUCCUCUUUUCCUCUUUUUAUUUGGAAAUAAUUAGCAUUAUAUUUUAACAUAAAUUAUGAUUUUUUUCUGUUUUAGCCUUCAUGUAAAUUUACACUGGUAUGAUGUACAACUCAUUGUAAGUUUGCCACUUGAUAGAUGCAUAUAAUAAUUCCAGAACAUAUAUUUUUGUCUGUCAAAAUAUUAUAUAAAUUUAUGCUUAAAAUAAGUAGAUUUACAACUGUGUAAAUGUUUUAAAUGUAAUGAUAUUAAAUUGUACUGGUCAAUUUAGGA